AAUAUGAUUAUUCUGUGUCACAACCUCUUGAAGAACCAAUCAGCUUUGUAUCAGAUGAAUAUGAUGACACAGAUGAGGAGACAGGUGAAAGGUUAUUUGAUGCUUUAGCUUCAUCAUUUGGAAAAAGUAAAGAAAUCAGUUCCGCAAAGAGUAGCACCUACAGGAAAAUAAAUGAGGUGUUCAAAUGUGAUGGUAUAGAAUGCAUUCCUUCAAUAUUGACAGAUGAUAGUCCACUACCAAGCAAAAAAGAAGCUGUAUUGGUUUUACAA